AUGAAGAUUCAACAUGGCAUUACGUUCGCGUGCGCUGCGCAUGUCUAUGCGGCUGCGUUUCCGGCCACAACCUAUGGCGACAAAUUACGGCCAUUUGUGUCUUCCCAAGAGAUCCAAUCUGCAAUCAAGACAGAAAAGUUGAUGGGCAAUUUGGAGGCUUUUGAUUCAAUCGCCAAAGCCAACGGUGGCAAUCGAGCUUUUGGCCUUCCAGGUUACGCUGCAUCAGUUGACUACAUCCUUUCGAAAACUCAGAACACGAACUUCAAGACAUGGGUGCAAGACUUCCCCGCACUGUUCUUCAGAGUCGAAUCGAUCAAAUUCACCGUCAGCAACACAUCCUACCAUGUCAUUGGACUCUCCUACUCUCCCUCUACGACACGUGAAGGUCUGACCGCACCUCUUGUUCUAGGCGCUUCUGGUCCAGAAGGAUGUAAUGUGGCUGCAUACGACAACAUUGAUGUGCAAGACAAGAUUGUGCUGGUACAGCGAGGCACAUGCCCAGACGGCACGACCCUUGCCGGCAGGAUAAAACCAGCCGUUGCCGCGGGCGCCGCGGCAGUCAUCCUAUAUUCCGAUGUGAUCACUCCCGUGACUGGAGGCACGCUAUCCAACCCUAAUCCUGAAGAGUAUAGACCUUCUGGGUAUAUCAACUUGGCCGACGGUGAGCCUCUUGCGGCCCGACUCCGCGCUGGAGAGAGCCUGGAAGCGUACUUUCAACAGACUCAGACUGUCGAGACACGCAUCACACAAAAUGUCUUUAGCGAAACAAAGGAUGGAGAUCCAUCCAACGUCAUCAUGCUCGGUGCUCACCUCGACAGCGUUCAAGCCGGUGCCGGUAUUAAUGAUGAUGGUUCUGGAUCUACACUCAUCCUCGAGCUUGCCAAGGCCCUUCGCAAGUUCCGAGUGAAGAACAAGGUCCGCUUUGCAUGGUGGGGCGCCGAAGAAAACGGACUCCUAGGCUCCAAGUACUAUACCCAAAAUUUGAAUGUUACAGAGGCAAACAACAUUCUUACCUAUCUCAACUUCGACAUGGUGUCUCGCGGCUAUUACGGUGUAUUUGACGGGGACGGUAGUAGCUUCAAUCUUACAGGUGCUCCUGGCUCAGGAGCCAUCGAAAAGCUCUUUGUGGAUCACCUUACUCAAAACGGGAUCAACGUCACCGCUGCCCGCUUCACGGGGGGAAGUGAUUAUCAAUCAUUCAUGAACAUUGGCAAGCCAGUUGGUGGUUUGUUCACAGGCACUGGAGUGGAACAGGAUCCAUGCUAUCAUCAGGCGUGUGAUUCUAUCGAUAACCCGAACCCGACCACACUCACCAUCAAUGCCAAGGCUGCUGCACACGUACUAUCCAUCCUAGCAACAAAAGGGACGGAGUUGAUUCCCCAGAGUCCAGUCAAUGCCAGUAUGAUCACCUCAAGAGGUCUUGUUGGCAUUGAGCCCCAAUGGACAGUCCCAGUCGAGGGUGACGAUCAUUCGUCAACCUGUGGUCAUGAGAUCUAG